AUGAGGCCCCCCUCACUGUUUGGGCCUGCGACGGCCGGCUUUUCGACCAUGGCUCGGGUCUGGCUCUUGAGUUCCCUCUCGCUUGUCUCUAGUCUAUCUUUUCAUUCGGUACCGCAGCCGAAACUUGAUCUUUCACCUCUAGGUCAAGUUGCUCUCACAGGCGACUUCGAUGCCGCGGCUUUCUAUUCUUACACCGAACAAUUCGAUACCCCCUCCACAGACGAUAAUUCGCAGUCCAUAAUUACCGCUCUUCCAAAUGGAAUCCUCAUAUCUCUUGAAUCCACCGACGCUGAUAUUCGUGCGAUGUGCGCCUUUACCCAGAAAGACGGGGCGUAUGAAGGUAUCUUUGUUGGCGGAAACUUCACCAGUUUGGGUGGUGUCAAGGCCCAGGGAGUUGCAUUGUACAAUCCGGAAUCAAACAAAGUCACCGCUCUUCCAGGUCUCACAGGCUCCGUGUCCGCAUUGCUCUGCGACCAGGAAACCAACAGCGUGUACGUCGGUGGAGCGUUUAAAUAUGGAAAUACGUCAAAUGCGGUGGCCUGGGUGAGCGGUGAAGGCUGGAAAAGCUUAUCUUUCGGUGGAUUCAAUGGACCUGUCACUUCGAUCGUCAAGGAUUCAGAUAACCAUAUCGUUUUUGGCGGCUCUUUCGAUGGCAUUGGCAAUACCACAACGUCGAAGAAGAACGUGCAGACCAUCAAUCUUCAAAAUGCUACAGUUACUUCGGAUGCGCUUUCCUCCAAAAGUGGAUUCAUCGACCCUCGCAAUGUUAUCUGUCAAACGAGCGGCGCUGACGGUGAAGGAAAGACUUGGUUACUGGACGACUAUUCGCCUGGGUACUGGCGCGCGGAUAUGGGCUUCACCUUCCAGCCAUCUAAACUUCGUCUGUACAACACACAUCUCGAAGAUCGAGGUGCCAAGUCCUUUUUCUUUAGGCGCCUUCCCGACAAUGGAAUCAUGAACAUGACGUACACGGACCCCGAUACCGGCGAGGAAACCCAUUGUGAUCUCUACUGUCCGCUGUCCAAUAGCACGGACGAGAAGUAUCGUGAUUUCACCUUUGUGAACUAUGUUGGCAUGUCCGGCUUUAUGCUCGAGAUUCAGGACUGGUAUGGAUCUGGUGCUGGUUUGAAUGGGAUCGAACUUUUCACAAAUGAUAUCUAUACAUAUGCCGUGAACGCGUUCAAUGAGCCGACCUGUGCAGGCAUUAGUCACUCAUCUACGGCAACCCAAACUGGAUCAUGGACCGUGACGCCAUCCGACCAAAGCCCCGCCGAAUACCUGACCGCAGAUGUCACUGAUUCCACCGCAACCGAUACCUCCGUCGUCUUUGAGCCGGAUAUCAAGCAGUCUGGAAACUAUACCAUUCUCUUGUAUACUCCAGGCUGCGAACAGUCGUCGACCUGUGAUUCCCGCGGCAUCGUCAAUGUGACUGCCACCGUGAAGUCUUCGGGAGCUUCUGACCCCAUCGAGACACAGAUUUACCAAACGAACGCCUAUGAAAAAUACGACACUAUCUACAGCGGCCCAGUAGAUGCCAGUGGUGAUUCAUUCCGUCCACGCGUGACACUGACUGCAAUCUCCGGCCAGGGCGAUAUCACUGUCGUCGCUUCCCGGGUCAAAUUCGAGCUUCUCUCUGCCUCAGGUGGAUCCAGUGGCGAAUUGAACGGCUUAUAUGAUUAUGAUCCCUCGUCGACGAGAGUCAGCACUAAUUUAUUGGAGUCUUACAUCAAUAGAGCCGGAUAUAACCUGCAUUCCGGUGCUUCGGUUCGGAGCAUCGCUACUCACGGGAGCGCUAUGUACGUUGCUGGAAAUUUCUCCAACUCUGAUAUCCGCAACAUCCUGCUUCUCGAGCAAGAUGCCAAUGUGACGGAAAUGUCCCAAGGCGGUUUGAAUGCAGAAGUGACUACGCUGUCGGUCCUGAACACUACCCUCUACGUUGGCGGAAGCUUUACCGGGACCUCUACAGGAACGAAUGACAAUCUUAAAUAUGUUGCAUCCUAUUCCACGAGCUCCCAAUCCUGGUCUGCGCUUGGAGGCGGAGUUAACGGACCUGUCAAGCAAAUCAUCUCACUUCCCUUGAAUGUAUCCUCGGACCUCAAUGAGACUAUUGUCGCUGUUAGCGGUGAUUUCGAUGAGUUGCUUUCCUUUGGAAAAUAUCCCGCCGUGGAUGUCUCUGGAUUCGCGGUUUGGGUUCCGUCGCAAAAUAAUUGGCUGCAGAACCUCAAUGUGAGCCAGGUGGAUUUUGUGGGGCAACUGUCUGCCUACGCCCUGGCAAAUAACACCGCCAUUCUGGCUGGCAGUCUCUCCUCCGGAGGUACGGCAGCUGGUGGCGCGGUGGCUGUCCUUUACGAGGAUGGGCUCAGUUUAGAUCCCUUGCUGAAGAGGUCAAGCGGCGAAACCUACACGGGAAUAUAUGAUAUUAGUUCGGACCGAAACCUUACGAUACUUGGCGGCCACUUCACGGCGACCGCUAGCAAUGGGUCCGCAAUAGAGAAUAUCGUUAUCCUAGAUGGUAGCAACGGCACCAUCAGUGGUAUCGGCGCGGGAGUUGACAGCAACUCUACGUUCUUGACCUUUGCGAUUUCCGAUGACGUCUUGUAUGCUGGUGGAAUGAUUACUGGUGCCGUGGGCAAUUCCGGUUUAAACGGACUGGUCUUAUACGACCUCGAGAACCGCACAAUCGCCCACAACCAGCCAUCCAAGUUCAAUGGUGGAAAUGUAUCUGUGACUGCCAUUGCCGUUCGUCCUGAUUCAACCCAGAUCUACUUCGGAGGGCAAUUCUUAACAGCUGGAUCUCUUCCCUGCCCGGGUGUUUGUUACUACGACACUUCGGCGCAGCAGUGGAAUCGGCCUGGAGUGAAUCUUGAAGGUACCGUGGUGGCCCUUGAAUGGGUCAGUGGCAACUCGCUGCUCGCUGUCGGUAAUCUCACUGUUGAUGGCAACCAGACCGUCGUUGCAAUCUACUCUCCUCAUAAGCAGAGCUGGGAGGCUUUCGAAGGGGCAUCAACGCAGACUAUUCCUGGGACUGUGAUAGCUUUCACACCUGCUAGUGUAGAUGCUUCAACAUUCUGGCUCGCUGGACAGUCAAGCAACGGCUCCAACUACCUGAUGAACUAUGACGGAUCGAGCUUCCAGUCUACCAAGAAUAUCUUUGGUGACGGAACCGUAAUCAAGGGGUUGGAAGUUCUCCCGUUGGCUUCGGAUCAUGAGGAGAACAAAUUGCUGCACAAUGACCAAAUCCUUUUGGUUACCGGCUACAUUUCAGUGCCGAAUUAUGGGGUUGCUUCGGCUGCCCUAUUCAAUGGCACGACCUUGACCCCUUUUGUCCUUUCUUCUACGUCUGAUGGAAAACCCGGCAGUAUGUCGCAGAUGUUCUAUCAGAACAGCAACCCUUACACCAGAGAAAAGAGCCAUCACUCGAACGGAAUUGUUGUUUUGGUUGCGUUUUGCUGCGCGCUUGGCUGCGUAUUCCUGAUCGUUAUCGCUGGUGUGAUCUUCAACAAGAUCCAGCGCCGCCGCCAGGGCUACAUGGCCGCGCCGCAAGGAGUUGGAACGGACCGGCCGUCGACAAUGCGUCGACUUCCUCCGGAGUACCUGUUCAACUCUCUGAAGCAGCCCAACCCCGGCGCACCAGUGAUUUAA